AUGAGCGCAAGAUUAUCGAAGGAUAUAAUUUCAUCUCUUUGUUAUUCAGAAUAUUGGAGUAAGCCUAUUGAGGAAUGGGGUGUUACCGAUUGGGAUAUGUUUUACAUUAAAAAAGUACCCGAAGCGAACAAACAUGAUUCCCAUAGCUCGCUUGGAACUGAGCUAGCGACUCUUCUUGAACUACUUCCAGAAAAAGAACCUCAAUAUCAGCACGCAAGUAGAAUGAAACAACGGCUUAAAGUUAAGAUUCCAAUAAAUGUCAAGCAAAAAAUGGAAAAUUUAACAAAAUCAGAAGUCAAUAAGAGAGUGAAUAUGCGUAAUCUAGAAAAUAUAGCAAUAACCACUGGCAUAUCGGCUGGUAUUCGGCAUUUUGAGACCAACCAAGCUAUUUCUGGAAUUGUACAAGCAUCAAAUCAUUCGAAUCCCGAUAGCGACAAUAAAACUGAACGAGCAAAUAAUUCGAAUCUUGAUUUCGACCAAGUUGUUUCUGAGAUUAAACAAGCAUCAAAUCAGCGCACAAAUGAUUUCACCACACAAACUUAUGAUAAAGAAGAUCUGAAAACCAAUGAUGCGAAUAUCGAUGAAAUUAUUGUAGAAAAGAUUUCUGACUUACUUUUUUUGAACUUAAAUCUCGAGGAAAUAUGGAUGAAAGUAACGGAUCGAUUGAAAAAAGGAAACUUACGAGUACAGUCUAUUGAAUCUCGUAUAGUGGAUCUUUCUAAUUGGACGAAAGUUGACUGGAAUCGGAUUCUCAAAACUUCUGAUUACGCUCAAUUGUUUAACAGAUCAAGGAAGGAGCUUUGUAAGGAAAAAAUCGAUAAGGAAGUACAAGGUUUACUACAUGAUGGAUGUGAAGUCGUUAAACGAUCUAACAUCAUGGAAAGACAAAUUCACAACAUUAAAAUCCGAGGAUGCAUAACUAACUGUUGGAAUUAUCGAAUUUUUGUAAAAGUUAACGUUCUUGUCAUGCAACAUCGAGAACGUGAUUAUAUCGUUAAGAUCCUUAGUCCAAUAAUGGGAUUCAUAUUUGAAGAAUUCGAUAUAGGCACUUUCGAACUUAACUGGAUCGAGAAAGAUUCACGUAGUGUUACUUCCAGAAAACGAAAAUACAUUAAUUCAGAAUAUGUAAAGUUAAACCCACCAUCUAAAUUGAUGGAUUUGAUAAUAUCAUUACGAAGUUACAAAGUUGAACUAUUGGUGCUUGAAGCAGGGAAUACAGAAGGUCCUAUGGAUGACACUAAAUUUCGGGAAGACCAUUCCAAAAUUAAAGUGGUAAUGAAAGAUUGUAUAGAUGCAUUUUGGAGUAAUCUACAUUUUAAAAAAAAAGAACUUGAAGAAGUCUUCGUAAUGGGAAUUCAAAUAACAGGCACAAAAUGGAGUGUCUAUUCUCUUACUUAUGACAGUUCAAAAAACUUCUACUUUUUUGUCGAAAUGGCAACGUUGACAUUACCAACAACGUUAUCCGACAUGGGAGACCUUUUACAUGGUUUUUUGAAGAAUCUUCUGGCAUUACGGCAUACGCAUAUAGAUCUGGUUGCCAAGAUUCGAAAAUUUACUCAAAAAAGAUUUUCUACACCGUCUCCACCCUCAUCACCAUUGCACAAAACAACAGAGACUCCUUCGAAAAAACAAAAACUAAAGGAAGAUCCUUUUUAUAUCUUAGACAAAUUAUACUAA